UAGAGAAAACAUUGAAUUUGGGACAGGGAACUAGGGAAGACAAAGCCGACACAGAGAAAGGAAACAAGUAGAAAAGCAGAUGGCAUCGGCACAACAGAGUCAACUUCCGAUGAACAGCGGCGGCGCAGAAACCCCAGCAAUCUACCAACUAUCCCAAGACACAAUCCAACAAAUCUUCAGUCUCCUCCCACUCCGCGAAAUCGUAAUCUCAAAAUCAGUCUCAAAAUUCUUCAAUCAAACCCUCUCUUCCCACUCUUUUCUCCCCCUCAUCCCCUCUCUCCCUCUACUCGCUCUCCGCUCUUCUCCCUCUCACAGACACACCCAACAGCAACAACAACAAACCCCAACUCUCCACGCUUUCGAUCCGAAUCUCGAUCAUAAAUGGGUCAGAUUCCCCCUCGAUUUCCUCCCCUUGCAAGCCCACCACCCAGUUGCUUCCUCACUGGGCCUAAUCUACCUCUGGGCCGACUCUCAAUCUUCCACCAAAUCGUUGCUCGCGUGUAACCCUUUAACUCGUUCUUACAAGAUUCUUCCUCACCUGGGUUCUGCUUGGUCUCGUCACGGUUCGGUUUUAGUGGGAUCUCCGAAUAGAGUUCUUGUGUUGACUGAGCUGGCUGCUCUUUAUUUUUCCGGGGAUUCCGAUACGUGGCUUAAGUUUUCUUCUAAUUUGCCUUCGAAGCCUCGGAGUCCGCUUCUCAUUAAGGACACGAUUAUCGCUCUUUGUGAUGUGGGGUCUCCGUGGCGUGCUCAAUGGAAGUUGUUUACCAUUACGCUUCAGUCGCUUCAGUGUAAGAGCCAGUGGACUUGUUUGGAGAGGGUGGAGUGGGGGGAUGUGUUUGAUAUAUUGAAACGACCGCGAUUGGUUAAAGGGGAUGGGAAUAAGAUUUUGAUGAUCGGGGGUUUGAAAUCCUCCUUUUUGUUGAAUUCGUCGUGUACGACCAUUUUGAUUCUGAGGUUGGAUUUGGAGACACUUGAGUGGGAUGAAGCCGGACGAAUGCCCGUUCAGAUGUUUGCUUCUUUUCAAGAAUCCAGUAAAUUUAAGGUGUUUGGAGGUGGGGAUAGGGUUUGUUUUUCUGCCAAAAGGAUCGGCAAGUUGGCCUUGUGGGAUAAUUCUAAGGGGAAAGCCGAGUGGAAGUGGAUUGAAGGUGUUCCUGGGAAUGGAGACGGGCUUUGUCGCGGAUUUCUGUUUGAAGCUGGGUAUACAGCCUCUCCUUGAUUGAUCCCAGUUGGUAAAUUUGAAUUUUUUUUUUCAUGUUAAUUUAACUGUUGUUGCAUUGUUAUUUUUAUUUUCUUUGUUUAUUGAGUAAUUGUAGAACAAUAUUUUAUAUCAUCAUCCCUGUUGCCAUAAGAAUUGAGUGUUUUCUUCAUGAUAAGAUUCUUCUUUGUGAUU